CUCUACCUGAACAACAACUCUUUGAAAACAAUUCCUUUUAAAUUAAUAUACUGGUCUCAAUUGAAAAUCUUAAACAUUGAUGGGAAUCCAUUGGAGUGUGAUUGCAAUUUAUACAAUAUCACAAAAGCAGUAUCUACAAGCGUGAUAAAAAACAUGAAUUAUCCAAUAUGCUACGACGAUGAAGAUAAAAGCAUUGAUAUAUAUCUUUUGAAUGAGAACAACUGCAAAGUGAAGGGUCAUCGUUUCCACAUAGCACAGGUCUCUAGGCAUUUUGACACAAUGAGAACUAUCCUCAUUAUAUUGAGUACAUUACUAAUCAUUGGAACAAUAUUAACAAUUGUGAUAGGACAUCUGAGGUACAAAAAAGGACUGUCGCUAAGAAGUUACCCAUUUGUUGCUCAAGUUAGUUAUAAUCCAAUCACAACAGAAUAUAUAUGACGUAUGUAAGACGAAUCUAUGAAUAUUUUGUGAUUUUGAAGUAUUUUGAUUUUUUUUUAUUUUCCAUUAAAUGAUGUUAUGAAUGGGAG